UUUCAAUGAUGCCUAUUAAUUGAAGGCAUCGCCAAGUUGUAGUUCUAAGAUCUUAGUAACAAAACCAACACAUUUUUGUUCUAGUAAUGCCUUAAACUAGAUUAGUGUUUUUUUAGGAUACUUAAUUUUAAAAUCAAUAAACAUGGAGCUUAUCUUACGUCAAUUAUUCAACAGAAAUUUUUCUGUAUCAGCAUUUAUUUUCUUUUUAUUAUGGAUACCAAAAGUUUCGAAUGAUGACAAUAUUCAAGAUGGCUACUAUUUAGAUCAAUUGUAUGAUGUAGCAGCAGCUGACAGUACCGACACGUUAACCUGCCCAUCAACAAAUGUGAUAACAACAAGGUACAAAUGCAAUGACAAUGGUACAUGGGUGGACUGUACGCGAAGACAUUGUUGUCCUGAUUACGUGUACAUAGCAGGAAGAUGUUUACAUAAAAACCAAGAUCCUUGCUCAUUAAAUAUUUGUGAACAACGUUGUACCAUCUAUCUGCAGAGGAUAAUUUGCACCUGUUACCACGGGUACAAGUUUAGUCCAGAAAACCAAAAACUUGGUAAAAAGCCAGUUUGUGUGGAUAUUGAUGAGUGUCUGAUAAACAACGGGGACUGUCAACAAAUCUGCAUAAAUCAACUCGGAACACAUACUUGUGGCUGUAAAGAAGGUUUUUCUUUAAAAAAUGACAAUAAAACUUGCCUUCCUUCGAACGUUUCGAAUAGUAAUUCUGAUUCUUCAGUUCAAGCUGCAUACAUGAACUUGUGUUAUGCUAAUUGCGAUAGUAUCGUCAAAAUGCAGAACCAACUAGAUUUACUACAUGAAAAAGUAGCAGCUCUUAGUACCGCAAUUCGUUUAUCCAGCUUUGCAUCUGGACCACCAGGUCCCAUGGGACCACCAGGUCCACCUGGACCAAUAGGACCACGUGGUUUCCCUGGACAAGAUAUGUCAAAUAACAUCAAUCCUAGUUUGGAUUAUAGUUACUCCAUUGUGGACACCUACGUUCAAUUGCCUGGAGAGGAAAAUACACAGUGCGCUUGUAAAAGAGGUCCUCAAGGGCAAAUAGGAGCGGCUGGACCGCAGGGGCCUAAGGGGGAGAGAGGUGAUACUGGCCCUAAAGGUCCUAGAGGAGAUAAAUGGUCCAUAGAUUUCUUUUUACUGAUGCUGGCAGAUCUUAGACAUGAUAUCGUUCAUUUGCAGAACAAAGUCUACGUCAAUGAGAUUCCCCCAAAAUUCGACUUUGACACAGCGUUGCAAAAGAAGCGCUUCAAACAAAAGCACCGGUUUAUCCACCACAAGAAGAUCUUGGAAGGAUUUGUAAAUCCCCCAGUAACCACCAUCAAAGCGGAUACAAAGGGCGCACAAGAAAAAUCUCCUCCAUUAAAGGUUAAAAACGCGAAAAAUAUGGAUGAAAUUGAAGAAUUUAGAGAUGACACUGAAGUGGUGACUGAAAAUACUGGAAUUUCGAUCGAUUCUAGUGAUAUUGAAGAUUAUGAUGACUUAUCUGACGAUGAGAUGACUUACGAUGAUUAUUUGUGAUAUUCUAUUAAUAACAAAACUUAAAAUCACCAUUAAAAAAAUAAAUUAUUAUUCAACUAACAAUUUUUAAGUAAGAACUUGAAUGUAAUAAUUGUACAAAAUUAGGUAGUUGGUGUAUACAAUUUUUAGAUGCCUAAAACAGCAGUUGAAUAAAAUUAUUUUGAUAAAAAAUUGUUAUUUUUAAUUCAAGUUAUUUUGUGGGAUAAUAAAAACGCUAAACCAAUUAGGAAAAGUUUAUUUGUACAAGUCAGAUUUAAACAAUUUAGUUAAAUAUUUAACAAACUUAAUAAAACAAUGUAAGAAUAAUUAACGAUUAUAAUAAAACGAUUCAAAUUUUCAAUGAGUUUUGUAUAAUAAAAUUGUCCUGUUUUCAAAAAUGAAAAAAAAAGUUAGAACUAGACAAACAAUUUUUUAUUUUUUUUGAAUAAUACAAUAUUUAAAAAGAAAAAAACAAUUAGGCAUUCCAAACUGAAUGGCUACCAGUGGGUUUUGACAGAUUAUUAUAUGGCAAAAUUAUGGCAACCCUGUAGGCCUGGUGAUUUGACAAGGUCAAUGAAAUAGAUAGUUACAUAGAUUGAUCAUCCAUAUUUUUCAAAAUAAACAUAAGCUUAUGCCUUGACGUAAAAAUGUAACCAAUUAUUAUUUUUUAAAUAUCUAAAGGCUGAAAAUUGGUUUUAAUACACAGUUUUGCUAAACCGAUUCAAAUUAAUAAAUAUUUGCCAGGCAAUAUGGCCGCUGACAAACGACCAGCUUUGAGCAAUCUAUAUAACUAUAUAUGUAUCAUUGACCCUGUUAAUGACAACAUGAUAACAGGGUUGCCAUAUCUAAACUGUCAGUCCCCACUGGUAGCCAUUUGGACAGGUCGUUGGAAUGCCUAAUAUUGUCAUCAAACAAAAUUUAUUAAAUUUUAUAUUACAAUUUACCCAUUAAUUCCAUUUAAAAUUUUUAACAAUUUAAAAAUUAAACUAAUACAAUUUUUACAUAUCUUCAUAAAUUAAUUAGAAAACAGAAAAUUUAUAUUGUGUAGGUAUACCAUCUCUUACAGUUAAAGUGAAUAAAAUAAAUAAAGUAUUUUAAAAAGUGAAUGUUUAACCAGAAAGUAAUGUAGAAAAGCUAUUAAACACUUAAAAAUCUUAUAAAAACCAAUUGAAGUUGGUUGCUAUAAGACUAAAUCAAUAAUUAGAAGCAGGUAAAUGAUUAAUAUAAGCCAGACAGAGAUAUAGACAAAUUAUAAAAAUGUUUAUUUAUAUAUGAAAUUUGUCAACUUUAAAUAAAAUAAAACCAGGCAUAUUAGUAUAUACAUUAAAAUCACAGAAGUAAAUAAUGUCAUUUAUGUAGAUACAAUAAAUUUUAUAAACAAGUUAGUCCCAGUAAAAAAACAAGUCACAAUCACAAUAUUAUCUCUAUCUGUAACGUGUUGAGGGUGGGUUAAUCCACGACACAUAGGCCUACUAGGCAUAUUAUUGUACAUCCUCCUAAGUAGAUAGGAACCUCGAGCCAACCUACAGAUUCAAUGUAGUUAACAAUGUCGACAAGAAGUUCUUCUCUUAUAUCGGACGGUGUUAGCCAAUUCUCGCCGAACUCAAAUCUUCUAAUAAAUGAGAGCGUCGAGCAAUCAUAGAGAAUAUGCUCGAUGUUUUCAUGUUCUUCUGUAGUUGGUAAUAAUCAGUCAGAAUGCCUGUGAUCAGGCGCAGAUUCUGUUUAGUCAUAGUCAAGUAUUUGUUUGCUGUAGUGUUGUCAGGAUAACUUAAAAGAUCCCUGGCAAGUUGCAGCUUCUUGUUUCAUCCCAUCGUUCCUUGAAUUUCACAAGGGAAUGUUCUUUAAUAAGGUUUUGUCAUUACUGAUGUUGUCAGUCCUAUAGAGGGACCAGGACCAAAAAGCUGGUUGGCUGGUUGCCUUCUUGGCAAGUAAAUUAGCAAGAUGUGACAUGACCUUUGAUCUUUCUUAAGUAAUUAAAAAAGUAUAUUUCAUCACAAUUUGACAAUUUCCCGUGUAAGGCAAAGCCAGACACCCAAACACGGGAAGUCAUGUACGCACGGAAACAGCAUUCAUGGAUGUGUAAUAAAGGAUACUUUUCAUUAUACCUCUUUUAAAACAAAAUCAAGGCAAAAGAUAUAAUAUACAGUGUCGGCCACUGAACGUCUUUCAAUACGAAAUGCACAAGUGCAUAUGAAAGCUACAGAGAGUUGGCAUUGGACGAGUGUGAAACAAAUGAUGUCAGCGUUGCCAUUUAUACGACUCCACCGCGUUGUAACGUUGGCAUGGGCCACGGUUCAAAGAAAACAUGGUGACCUCUUCCGUCCAUUACUAAGAAAGGGUGUGACGUCAGGGAAUGAAAAAUCAAGAUGACAGAAAAUAUUCUGCUGCAGUUCGUACAUUAGUUUUUUAAAAACUCCAAUAUUUUAUUAUUAUUUAGUGGUGUUUAUAUUUUUAUUUUUGAACUAUAUACCUGUGUUAAAGUUUUUAUAAAAUCAAUAAUUUGAUUUUUUGAAAGACAACCUACAAAACGGCAUGAAAAAAAUCAUAUUCCAUCAAAUUUCAAAUGAAUUACAUUUUAUUUGAAUUAUAAAGAGAAAUAAUAUUGUAUAAAUGGUUUAUUUUAAACAUUUUGGAUAAGGGUACGGCCUCCGAGCUAAAUUCGAAUCACACUUUGUUUAUAUCCCGAAGUAGUUUUAAAUUUUGGCAAGCCUGGAGCGAGCCGAAGUGUUGCUGUUGCCAAACAAUUUUUACGUUUUACACACAAAAAUGGUUAGAAGAAAUAAAGGGACUGAGCCUAAACUGAAAUUAAAAGCCAAUGGUAAGAUUUUAGAGAAAUUAUUUUGCAAAUAUAAUUUACUAUUUACUAAAGCAGAUGAGAUGGUUUCUUACAAACAUUAAAAUCAACCGGGAGUAAGAAAAGUCAAUGGGCUUUACUAAAAUUACAUACAUUUUUGAUAAAAGGGUUUGCUACAGGAAGUUUUUAGUAAAAAGUAUAUAGUUACAAAUAAUUUUAAAGAAAAAAUCAAGGGCCCUCUGGAGUUGAAAAGAAAUUUGUAAAGCAUUCACGAUAAGAUGUUUAAGUAAAAAAAGGUGCUAUCUUUACCUCAGAAAUUCUCUAAAGUAUCACUUUCUGGGGAUUUUAACUUUACAAAAGUGCGCUACUCAAAUAAAUUUAAGAUAUGGUCUUUUGGAUGAUUUAUUUAAAUGCUCCAAGUAUAUGUAAUGUUAAAUCUCCAUCUCCGUGUAUUGUAUGUAUGUAAACACAAUCUAUAAAACAAUUUUUCUCUUAUUUGGUACCUAUAUUUAUAGAAUAUUAUAAUAAAUCUGGGUUGUUGUUUUAUUGUUUUUUUUCAUUCAAGUAAAUUAUACUGUUCAUACAUCAAAUAUCAAGAAAGAAACAAAAUAUAUUUCUUAUUUCCGAUAUAAAUAUACAUUGUAUGUUUUUUCUGAAUUCCAACAGACCCUUGUUUUCUUCUAUAAAAUUAUUUGUAACUGCUUUUUACUAAAAACUUCCUGCAGCAAACCCUUUUUUUAAUAUAGGUACUUUUAGUAAACCCCUUUGACUUUUCUUGCUCUUAGUUGUGUUUAGUGUUUGUAAGAAACUAUCUCGUCUGCUUUUAAAUGUAUGGUGGACAAAGCUGCAAUUAAUUUAUUAAUAGUGAAUGAUAUUUAGAGAAUAAUAUUCUAAAAUCUUACCAUUAGCUUUUUAUUUUAGUUUAGGUUGAGUGCCUUUAUUUCUUCUUACGAUUUUUAUGUGUAAAAAGUAAAAAUUGUUUGGCAACACUACGACUUGUUCCAGGCUUGCCAAAAUUUCAAAAUAUUUCGAGAUAUAAACAAAGUGUGAUCCGAAUUCAGCUCGGAGGCCGUACCCUAACUCAAAAUGUUUAAAAUUAACCAUUCACACAAUAAUAUUUUUCUUUAUAUUUCAAAUAAAAAGUAAUUUGAAAUUUGAGAGAUAGAAAUCAUUGCAUGAUUUUUCCUUGUUUUUUUGUUGCUCGUCUUUUAAAAAUCAAACUACCGAUAUUAUAAAAUAUCUAACAGCAGAAAAAAGUUAAAAAAUAAAAAUAUAAACACCACAAAAUAACAAUAAAAUAUUAGAUUUUUAAAAAACUAAUGUACGACCCCAAGUAGAAUAUUUUCUGUCAUUUCGUGACGUUACUGCGUAUGAAUGAAACAUUUUGUCUCUAUGUUGUAAUGUCUUUGAUUGAAUUGCAUUUAGAUAAAAUAGUCUUAGAACCUUUGUUGUGUGAAUGUUUAUUAUUGUUCUAAUGUUACAAAAUAUUGAAAUCAUACUUUGUUUUAUUUCCCUUUUUAAUGCUAAUUUAUUACUUUCUUUUGUAUGUGUCUAAUCUCUAAUAAAAUGAUUUUUUCUCUGAUUUAGUGUGCUAGUAAAUGUGAAUAAUUUAAUCACUUUUUAAUUGCACCAAAUCAGAAAAAAAAAUAUUAUGUAGAUAAAAGGAAGCUGCAUAUUUGAACUUUCCGCCAUUCUUCUUUUUUUUAAACAAAAUUUUAAAUUGACUGGUUGCUUAUGAAGAAAAAAGGCCACUGCUAAAGCAGAAGGUAUAACAGCGCCAUCGGCUAUGACUUCCAGUCCAAUCACCCAGUCAAUUCUUGACGAAAUGCAAAAUUGCAUUUAGUUACCCAUCUCAUUAGUUGUCUCUGCUGCUAAGUAAAAUAAAUACCAGCAUAAAUGAUUAAAAACAAUUUAAAAAUCUGACAAUUGAUGCAUAAUACAGGCAUUGUUUAGUGUUACUACGCAAAAUAUAUAAUGACGUAAUUUAGCACAGAGAGG